UUACUCUAUCCAGCUCCAGCUCACGACCUUUCGCUAUGGCUGACUCGGAUGAGGAAUAUGUGGGAAGUGUCAGCGAUGACGAGGAUGAUCUCCAGGUGACUGGGACGGAUCAACAGCCCCGGAAGAGAAAGCAGCGUGGAGGCGGAGAGUGGGAGCUCGCUCGUACUUGGGAGACACUGGUCGAGGGUGCCGAUGGAACCAUCAGUUCGACAGUUGAAGGGCUGCUAGAGGCGAGCAAGCGCAAGAGACUGCUCAAAGACACUACGCCUCUACAACGAGGUAUCAUACGACAUGUCAUCCUCAUCAUUGAUCUCUCACAAUCCAUGGCCGAAAAAGACCUCCGACCAACACGAUACCUGUUGACUCUCCGAUAUGCCCAGGAAUUCGUGCGGGAGUUCUUUGAACAGAACCCCAUUUCGCAACUCGGCGUCAUGGGCCUCCGAGACGGUCUCGCAAUCCGAGUGAGCGAUAUCAGCGGCAAUCCCACCGAACACUUGACCGCGAUUCAGGAACUCAAGACACAAGAUCCAAAGGGCCUACCGAGCUUACAGAAUGGUCUGGAGAUGGCCCGGGGUUCUCUCUUCCACACACCUAGUCACGGUACGAGAGAAGUUCUCAUCAUCUUCGGCUCCCUCCUCUCCUCCGACCCCGGCGAUAUCCACCAGACCAUCAACACCCUGGUCACCGACAAAGUACGAGUCCGGAUCGUCGGUCUUGCCGCUCAAGUAGCCAUCUGUCAAGAGCUAUGUAGCAGGACCAAUCGAGGCGAUGAAACGGCGUACGGCAUCGCGCUCAAUGAGCAACAUUUCCGGGAGCUCUUGAUGGACGUGACGACACCACUCGCGACUCAAAAACAAUCAGCGAGCUCGCUGCUGAUGAUGGGAUUUCCCUCGCGUACCGUGGAACCCACCCCGUCCCUCUGCGCAUGCCACUCGAAACCCUCGAGAGGUGGAUAUCUGUGUUCGCGCUGCGGGAGCAAAGUGUGUAGUCUGCCCGCCGAAUGUCCGUCCUGCGGCCUCACACUAAUUCUUUCGACCCAUCUUGCCCGCUCCUACCACCACUUGUUCCCGCUGAUGAAUUGGGUGGAGGUCCCCUGGCGCCGGGCCUCGAGCUCAGCCUGCUUUGCCUGUGGUCUGCCCUUCCCAGCAGUACCACCUGAAGACCAGUGGUCGGUAACGGAGAACCAUGCUAAAGGCAUGAGUGUCAGCAGUCGCUACCAGUGCACGGCGUGCAAGAACCACUUCUGCAUUGACUGCGAUCUCUUUGCCCACGAGGUGGUUCACAAUUGCCCUGGGUGCCAAAGUAAUAGUGUCCAGGCGGUUGCCGAUGGGAUGGACACCACUGCAUAGAGUAGUUCAACCAAAAAUUGCAUUGCAUGGAACGGCGUUGAUGGGUUUUGGCGGGAGAUCAUGGAAGGGGAGUUUUGGAUUUUAC